GACUAUUGCACUUUGGAGUCGCCGAGUCUUUUCACACUGGUGAGUUGCCUGCACUCUAGUGUCCCAGCCUCCGGAGGGGAGCGGCCAUGUCGUUUAAUGGAGAAAUGGCGGAGGGCAAGACCGAUCUAGCCAACGGAAGCUUCUCCAGCAGCCCAGAAGACAUGUCCGGGACAGAAGAAGGGAAGGAGAAGUCCUGGAGCAGCUCGGAGAGCUCCGGGGAGGACAAGGACUCUGACAGUAUGGACGACACCGGACUUUAUUCCAUCAACGACGAAAACCGCGGCAACGACCGCUCGCACUCGGAGGACGAGGAGGAAGACGAGGAGGAGGAGGAAGACCGCCUCCGCAAGCGAGGCCAAAAAAAGCGAGCCAACAACGACCAGGACUCUUCCGACGACGAGAGGGCGCUGGAAGACUGGGUGUCGUCCGAGAAGACGCCCCUGCCCAGGCCCCGGUGGCGAGCCCUCCGCGCGCUCCGCCACAGGGAGAUCGGAACCAGCCGGCGCUUCAUCUACGACGCCUGCGGGGCGCGCGGCUUCGUCCAGAGGUUCCGCCUCUUGCACGGCCUGGACGGGCACCUCGGCUGCGUCAACACCUUGCACUUCAACCAGAGGGGCACCUGGUUGGCCAGCGGCAGCGAUGACCUCAAGGUGGUGGUCUGGGACUGGGUGAGGAGGAAGCCCGUCCUGGAGUUCGAGAGCGGCCACAAAAGCAACGUGUUUCAGGCGAAAUUCCUGCCCAACAGCGGAGACUCCACCAUCGCCAUGUGCGCCCGCGACGGGCAGGUACGCGUCGCCGAGCUCUCCGCAACCCAGUGCUGCAAGACUACAAAGAGGGUGGCCCAGCACAAAGGAGCCUCUCACAAGCUCGCCCUAGAACCAGACUCCCCGUGUACGUUCCUGUCCGCCGGUGAGGAUGCCGUGGUGUUCACCAUCGACCUUCGGCAAGACCGGCCCGCAUCGCGGCUGGUUGUCACCAAGGAGAAGGAGAAGAAGAUCGGACUGUACACCAUAUAUGUCAAUCCCGCCAACACCCACCAGUUCGCAGUGGGUGGCCGCGACCAGUUUGUCAGGAUCUAUGACCAGCGGAGAAUCAAUGAGAACGAGAAUAACGGAGUUCUGAAGAAGUUUUGCCCUCAUCACUUGGUAACAAGCGAAGCCAAAGCCAACAUCACCUGUCUGGUGUACAGCCACGAUGGCACAGGUGAGUCCAGAGCUUCACACAUGCUCAUUGUUGAAGGUCAUGUUCCAGGGCAGUCUCCCCCCCGACCCCCUUCCGUCACCGGCCCUCCGACCCUUCCGUCACCGGCCCUCCGACCCUUCCGUCACCGGCCCUCCGACCCUUCCGUCACCGGCCCUCCGACCCUUCCGUCACCGGCCCUCCGACCCUUCCGUCACCGGCCCUCCGACCCUUCCGUCACCGGCCCUCCGACCCUUCCGUCACCGGCCCUCCGACCCUUCCGUCACCGGCCCUCCGACCCUUCCGUCACCGGCCCUCCGACCCUUCCGUCACCGGCCCUCCGACCCUUCCGUCACCGGCCCUCCGACCCUUCCGUCACCGGCCCUCCGACCCUUCCGUCACCGGCCCUCCGACCCUUCCGUCACCGGCCCUCCGACCCUUCCGUCACCGGCCCUCCGACCCUUCCGUCACCGGCCCUCCGACCCUUCCGUCACCGGCCCUCCGACCCUUCCGUCACCGGCCCUCCGACCCUUCCGUCACCGGCCCUCCGACCCUUCCGUCACCGGCCCUCCGACCCUUCCGUCACCGGCCCUCCGACCCUUCCGUCACCGGCCCUCCGACCCUUCCGUCACCGGCCCUCCGACCCUUCCGUCACCGGCCCUCCGACCCUUCCGUCACCGGCCCUCCGACCCUUCCGUCACCGGCCCUCCGACCCUUCCGUCACCGGCCCUCCGACCCUUCCGUCACCGGCCCUCCGACCCUUCCGUCACCGGCCCUCCGACCCUUCCGUCACCGGCCCUCCGACCCUUCCGUCACCGGCCCUCCGACCCUUCCGUCACCGGCCCUCCGACCCUUCCGUCACCGGCCCUCCGACCCUUCCGUCACCGGCCCUUCCGUCCCCGCCACCCCGAUGA